AUGGCCACUCCUCCCGACGGCGUCUUCGUCCCCGUCCCCACCUUCUUCAAGACCGCACCCGACGCUGGCCAGCUCCAGCCCGCCGUCGAUGUAGCCACGCAGGCCGCGCACUCGGUGCACCUCGCCAAGUCGGGCAUCACCGGGCUCGUCCUCCUCGGCUCGACCGGCGAGGCCGUGCACAUGUCGGGCGAGGAGCGCAAGUCUCUCAUCUCAGGCGUCCGCAGGGGCCUCGAUGACGCGGGCUUCCCGGACUACCCCAUCAUGGCCGGCGUGCUGGUCAACUCGGUCGACGAGACCCUCGAGUGGCUGCACCAGAGCAAGGACGCCGGCGCGCAGUGGGGUCUCGUCCUCGCCCCGGGGUACUUUGGCGCGGCGGCCAGCCAGGAUAACCUGGUCGAGUGGUUCACCCUCGUGGCGGACAAGUCGCCCCUGCCCAUUCUCAUCUACAACUACCCCGGCGUGACGAACAAUCUGGUCGUCAGCAUCAAAACGUACGAGACCCUGGCGGCGCAUCCCAACAUUGUGGGCUGCAAGAUGUCGCACGGCAACGUCAGCCACCACGUGCAGGUGUCGCUGCACCCCAAGAUUGAUCACACCAAGUUCCGCGUGUACAGUGGCUUUGGACAGCAGCUGGGCCCCAUUGUCUUGUUUAAUGCUGGCGGUGUGAUUGACGGGUUGGCGGCCAUCUUCCCAAAGACAAUCUCGAGGCUGUUCAGCCUGGCGUCGAAACGACCCGUGGACGAGUCCACCCUGGAGGAGGUGCGGCGUUUGCAGUGGAAGGUGUCUGCGUGCGAGGAGUACAUCGUCUCGAACGGUAUCCUGGGCAUUAGGGAGGGUAUCUACAAGGUCCUCGGAUUCGGCCACCUCGAGGGCGGCCGCUUGCCCCUGAAAGGAAAGAUGGCUGCUGGGGUGUACGAGCAGUGGAGCGACAUUUUUGGGCAGAUGACUGAAGAGGAGAAGAAGUUAUAG